AUGUUGCCCACAACUUCCAGAUCUCGCUCUUCAUCUUCUUCAUCCCGAGCUAACCCAAUGUUCCUUCAGUAUUUUCGUCGUAUCGUCAAGUGGCAACAAAUGGAUGUUGAAUAUACUUUCUGGCAAAUGCUUAACCUUUGCACAUCUCCGAAAGUUGUCUAUCAACAUACUAAGUAUCACAAACAAACUAAGAACCAAUGGGCACGUGAUGACCCGGCCUUUAUUGUGAUCUGUAGUGUGCUUCUUGUUGUUGCAACUUUAGCCUACUGCGCCACGUAUGACCAUAGUAGCUCUCAUGCUAUCGUCGUAGUCGUAUCAGUUUUCCUCUCCCAUUUCUUAAUCGCUGGAGCAGUUAUAGCUACGUUCUGUUGGUUUUUGACAAACUCUUACCUUCGCGAGGAAGCUCCAAAUAGUCAUGUGGUGGAACAACGCGUUGAAUGGUUGUACACAUUUGAUGUUCACUGCAACUCCUUCUUUCCAAUGUUUGUGCUACUCUACGUCGUACAUUAUUUCUUAUCACCACUCCUCAUUACGCACGGAUUCAUCCCUUUACUGCUAUCGAAUCUGCUUUUCAUGGUCGGUGCUUCGUACUACCAUUAUCUUAACUUCUUAGGAUAUGACGUGCUUCCAUUUUUGGAACGAACAACAUUCUUCCUCUACCCAAUCGGGAUCGUGAUCGUCCUGUCACCUAUUCUGAUCUUAAGCGGAUUCAACCCGUCAAGAUAUUUCAUGAACAUGUAUUUCAGCCAAAGGUUAUGA